ACACUGGGAUAUGGCCACAGGGAUUUAUUAAAACAGCGGGAAUGGGACCAUGGACAUGAGCCAAAGAGGAUGCCGCGCGGACGAACCGGAUUUGAAGAUGGUGGGAAAUGCACCUGUCGGCUGAGAUUCCUGACCUCAGUGAGAGGGUCAGCAGUCCCCCCUCUUGAACGAAUUCUACCACUAUAAAGAGGCAUGUUGGUGGUGUAAAACGGUGGGUUCCUUGUGCCCGUGGAACAUGGAAAUGCAAGGACCCUCUCUGGAGUCAACGCUGAUGGGUUUUGAGAGGGACCCGGUGGCGUUCCCGCAUCACAGGCCAAAUCACAUGGUGGUCGGAUCAAAACAACAUCAACAAAGACCGCAAGUAGACACCCCCGCGCCUUCCUUUCCGAGCUACCGAUUGCGGAUGUACGACGGCGACGACGACAGUGAAGAUGAAGAUGACGAUGACGACGACUCGUGCGCCUGGAAUGAGGGGGAGGAGGAGAACGGCUCGGGUGCGGAGGAGCGCUCCGGCCAACUACACCACCACAACCAACGUGCUUGCGCGCUGGCGGGCAGCGCGCACGCGGGGUACUCCGCGAGUUCCAAGCGCAGGAGGAACAUCACCAUCGUGCAGAGAAAGGCGGCCAACGUGCGCGAGAGGAAGCGCAUGUACGGCCUGAACGAGGCGUUCGACGCGCUGCGGCGCAAGGUGCCCGCGUUCGCGUACGAGAAGCGGCUGUCGCGCAUCGACACGCUGCGCCUGGCCAUGUUGUACAUCUCCUUCAUGAGUGACCUGCUGGGGGACAGGAGCUCGCGUUAGCACCGGAAGCGGUCUGUGACUGUCCGAGAACCCGUUUAGUCUUAACCUGCCGCUUAUAUUUAAAAAAAAAGUUUGUUUGAUGCUAUUUCAUUUUAUGUCUACAUUAAUUUUUGCAUAGCACACCACGUAUUAUAAACUGUAGAUGUGAUUGCGAUGUAUUUAACACACUUUCAUGGUGCGUUUUAGAUGAGUGAAUUGUUUCGUAGCACUUCCAAAUAUGUGGUUUCUGUGUGGUUUGGAUAACCUAAUAUGACAAUAACAACUGACCCUUCAUGCUUGUGGUUGAGCAUCUGUUCAUUCAUGGAGCUCCCAGGUAGAGGAGUCUGAUGUGUGUCGUGAUGAGUGAUGAGCCGGUGUUGUCCUGCAGGAUUUCAGAACCGUGGAGAGCAACACCGUCAACCUCACGGCGUGUUCACCUAUGGAGGUGAACACGCGAGGUCUCGGGGUAGAAAAAGACUCAAAGAGCAGGAAAUUAUGUCACUUUUAAUCAUGAGCCUUGAUGAGUCUGUCAGGCCUACGAGACAUUUGGGUGCUGGGCCCUUUAGGCCUAAACCCAACGCAGACAUCAUCGCCGUCUUAAGGACUGCCCGUGGGCUUGGCUGAAUGGUGUCGAAGAAAGAGACAAGCAAUAGAACAUUUCACAAAGUAAUGCAGCAAAAAUGCAAAAAACUAAACAAGAAAGGAGACUUGUGCAUGAAGCAGGUGUGUGCGCGUUUGUGUGCGUGUGCGUGUGUGUGUGUGUGUGUGUGUGUGUGUGUGUGUGUGUGUGUGUGUGUGUGUGUGUGUGUGUGUGUGUGUGUGUGUGUGUGUUCAUGCUUGUGUGUUCGUGCUUGUCGAGCAGGAAAGUCUUAGCCACGCACGCACACAC